AUGGGCAUCGUUGUCAGUGAGGAUGGAAAUGCGAGUGGCCUCAGUGAGCAGCAGAAAAUCGAUAUAAUAGCUGCCGAGAAUGACUAUGGACUGGUCAUGGCUACUCUAGAUCAAGUUUCGGUAUUUUUAGGCUCGUGGUGGACUUCCUCACUCAUGGGCCGGAUACAGACAUUCAAGAGUUAUACCCACGCCCCUCUAAUGAGUAUAAUAUCUCAUGAGCGUGCUUCAUUUGGCAUACUGGGGUUCUACUUUGCUGGCAUUCCUGCGUGGGCUCUGUCGACGUGCCUAUCAAUUUGCCGACACCAUCCUCUAGAGCGCUUGAUUUCUUCGUUGCAAAACCGAUUUCCGGAUAAUGAUGCGCUUUCGAAGCUUGUGCGGGCUUCAUUUACAGUUCUACACUCUGCAGCGCGGGGAACCCUACUUAUUCUUGCUAUACAAUCAUAUGUUUAUUCACUUUUACAAUCGCUCCACCUUGUUCAUCCCUAUACCUUUCCAGGAAUUCGGUUUUUAGCACCUUUGGGCGAACUAACUACCAUGUUAUUUCCACCUUUGCCUACAGACCUCACGAUUCAAUCACUGGGUGGGCUCUGUUUGAGCCUGCUGCAAACUCCUCCAUUUCUCGUCUACCUUUAUGUAUAUCUCCGUCCAGUAAUCGAGAUAAGGUUAUACCGGUUGAUUCGCCGACGGCUACCAAAACCAACCCUAGCGGAUGAACUAUCCAUUAAAGUGGCUUUCGAGAAUGACCUUAUUGAUUGGAUGGUCCCAACCCUUGGGCGCAGAUCUGAGGAAGAGAAUCGUCGCAACAAUCUUUCUUUGGUUAAAGACUUGAUGUGUGAAUUGAAAUUUCUCCAAAAUUGGAUGCUAUCAUGGUUUGGUUUCAAGUCGCAGCGAACAUCAACAGCUUCGGAACAAGCGGCGGUCUCCCGUCGCAGGCGAGAGUGGCUCGAAUCUUUGCCUUUUAGUGUCGAGCAGGUGCAAAAUGAACGACAAAACCGAACUCGUCGAUUACAGCAAGCAGUACCCCCGGCUCCAGAGGAGGUGGUGCAAGCUCAUGAGGCAUCACGCUUUGGUCAACCUCGUACACCCAUCUCUGCUCCGGUUCCCGAUUCUGGGCUUGACUUCAGUGGUGAACGUGUAUUAUCAAACGAAGAAGAUCCUAUCUCCCAAUCACCAGCGGAGAUGAGCCCCGGCGGUCCCACAGAAAUGGCUGCACUGGGCCAUCCAAGUGCUAUUUCUCCCGCUGUUGGUUCUCGCGCUGUAACCAAUGAGGCGCAUGGCAGAGAAAAUGUGCUCGAUGGUCAGCGGAACUCACGCUCAAACACUCUUUUCUCUCGGUCAUCAUCCCCAGGGACGUCCUCGCCGACUUCUCCGCGUGUGCGUGCUUCUUUAAUACAUCAGAAUUCUGAUAUAAUUACCAUGCAGUUGGAAUUAUUGGGCAAUCGUAAUGCACAAAACCAGGACCCGCUGCAUCCUAGGCCUGGUAAUGAGAUUGACUUGCCAACUUCCAAUGGACAGCCGGCUCAUCGUCGCUCCAUUACGGAGUUACUAGACACAAUCUUGACCAACCAGAACCAGACCCUCUCCACGAUCGUCAACUCCGAGAGUGUGGACAGUGACGGCCUCUCAAACAUGACACCAGGAGCGUCUCCUAGCAAUAGGGAAGAUAUGUUAGACCUGAUGUCUCAAUAUCAACAAGAAGCUCGAGGAGAAGAUAAUCCUACCCCUGAUUCUCCCCUUGAGGAACCACCGUCAAGCCUUGCCAACAUCUUGCCAGAAAGUGUGGAAGAGCCACCAAGCCAGGAAGAUAGUCAUGAUCAUCCUUCCGAAGCGGAGCCAGCCAUAGAGAACGAUUUUGAUUCAGGAAUAUUUCCUCGCAUAUCUGAUCCAAAUGUGCGCGAAGGCCCUUCAAACACAAACUCCUCAACUGCUCACCGGAUAACAAUACUUUCAUCGCACCCCGUCGAUUCCCUUGCCUCUCACCUCGCGUCAAUGAUUACUACUGUACUUUUCAUCCCUCUCGAAUCCCUCUACCUUCGCUCUCUUGCUUCAUCCUAUCUGUCAUCCACUACCUCCUCCGCCGCUAAUGUCCGUGCCCUAGGUGUCUGGGGCGGUGGUGGUUCUCGGUCUGAUAAACUUGCAUACAUGGGCAAGUUAACCCUCAUGAUAGGAUUGCAAGCUGCUGUGAAUGCUGGUGUGUGGGGAGUCAUCUCAGGCACAGCCAUUCGGAUUGGUAGAAGGUUCUGCGGAUGGGGAACUUUGUGA